AUGUCCAACAGCAGCUCCAUCACCCAGUUCCUCCUCCUGGCAUUCACAGACACACGGGAGCUGCAGCUCUUGCACUUCUGGCUCUUCCUGGGCAUCUACCUGGCUGCCCUCCUGGGCAACGGCCUCAUCAUCACCACCAUAGCCUGUGAGCAGCACCUCCACACCCCCAUGUACUUUUUCCUUCUCAACCUCUCCCUCUUCGACCUAGGAUCUAUCUCCACCACUGUCCCCAAAGCCAUGGCCAAUUACCUCUGGAACACCAGGAACAUCUCUUACCAAGGUUGUGUUUCUCAGGUCUUUCUCCUUUUAUUUGCAAUAUCAGCAGAGUGUGCCCUUCUCACAGUCAUGUCCUAUGACCGCUAUGUUGCCAUCUGCAAACCCCUGCACUAUGGGACCCUCAUGGGCAGCAGAGCUUGUGUCCACAUGGCAGCAGCUGCCUGGGCCACUGGGUUUCUCUAUGCUGGGAUGCACACAUGCAAUACCUUUUCACUGCCACUCUGCAAGGGCAAUGUUGUGGACCAGUUCUUCUGUGAAAUCCCCCAGAUCCUCAAGCUCUCCUGCUCACACUCCUACCUCUGGGAAAUUUGGCUUCUUGCUUUCAGUGGUCUUCUUGUUUUGGGAUGUUUUGUGUUCAUUGUGCUGUCCUAUGUGCAGAUCUUCAGGGCUGUGCUGAGGAUCCCCUCUCAACAGGGACGGCACAAAGCCUUUUCCACGUGCCUCCCACACCUGGCCGUGGUCUCCCUGUUUAUUAGCACUGGUGCAUUUGCCUACCUAAAGCCCCCUUCCAUCUCUUCGCCAUCCCUGGAUCUGGUGAUGUCUGUUCUGUACUCAGUGGUACCUCCAACAUUGAACCCUCUCAUUUACAGCAUGAGGAACCAAGAGAUCAAGGAUGCUCUGAGGAAGCUGAUGACUGGGUGUUUUCAACAGUCAUAG